GAGCUACUGUGUGAGUGUGUGUAAAUUGUUGGGGAUAGAGAAGAGAGAGAGAGAGGUUAAAGACAGAACGGACCGCUUUAUCUUGAAAGGUUUGGUUUGCAGAGAGAAAGUCGUCUGCUUCUGGUUUCUAUUCCAUUAAUUUUUCUCUUCUCUCUAACAAAAAAAAUCAAUAAAAAUGAAUAGAUAAAAAAAAAAAAAGAAAAGGAAAAUAAAAAGACAGCUUUGUUUCAACUAGCUUAAUUUGUCUGUAGCUUAUAUUGCAUUCAAUUCUUCCUUCUCUUUUUUCUCUUGGUGGUUUUUUUUCUAUCCGAUCUCCUCAACCCUCUCUUCAUUAAAAGCCUCCAAGAACUCACCGAGUAACCGACCGCUUUUUUUUUUUCCUUCUCUUUUUAAUUAUUUCCUCUCUCUUUUUUUGAUUCAUCCUCAUCUCUUCCUCCAUUUUAUCUGCCUAUAUAAGAUUAUGGGGGUUAGAGGAAGUGAAAAUCAUCACAAGCACUUUGAGACUGUAGUUUUAUAGUGUAAGUUUUUUUUUUUUUAAGAAAGGGCUUCUUCUUUUUUUUUUAUUUUUUUAUUGUAAUAGAGAGUUUUGUUUUUGAGAAGAGAAAGAUGGGAACUUUUGCUGAUAUAUCUGAUCAGCAGCAGCAAGAAAGCAAGCUGUUUGCAGUUGGACUUGGAGGAGGAGGAGCUGCUGGAGCUAAUUCUGGUACAUCUGCAGCUUCUUCUGCUUCACCUUUCAUGGCGGCUUCUUCCAAUAAAACCAACAACAACAACAGUAGUACAGAGUUGCUCUUGGACAACAGCCAGCAGCACAAUCAUCAUCAUCAUCAUCAUCAGGGUCAACAACAACUACUUCAUCAUCAGCAUAAUCAGCAUCAUCAGCAGCAGCAGCAGAACAACAAUAUCAAUCAGAUAUCAUUUGGGAUGAUGCAACCCAACUCUUCUUCAUCAUCAGUUCUCCCCAGCAACUUCAUAGGUAAAGAUGCUGGAGCUUAUGAUUUGGGAGAAUUGGAUCAAGCCCUUUUUCUGUACCUGGAUGGACAAGAACCCACUGGGAUGCAAGAACAAAGACAGAACUCAGCUGGGAUGAGACCUCCAACUCUCAACAUAUUUCCAUCCCAACCCAUGCAUGUAGACCCAUCCUCAUCAUCAGCUAAGGCAAGUACCGGGUUGGUUUCCAAUUCACCAUCUUCAACCAGUGGCUCCAAGAGGUCAUCUGAGCCGUCCAUGGAUUUGUCAAAUAAUCCAAGAAAUGAUGUUGCAUCUGCACCUGAUCAACCAUCUAAAGCUGUUAAGCGUGAGGGAAAUCGCAAAGGACCAAACAAUUCAAGUGCUACUUCGGAGCAAGAAGGUCCCAAGACACCAGACCCUAAGACAUUGAGGAGGCUUGCUCAGAAUAGAGAGGCAGCUAGGAAAAGCAGGCUCCGGAAAAAGGCUUAUGUUCAACAGCUUGAGUCAAGCAGGAUCAAGCUUACUCAGUUGGAACAAGAACUUCAAAGAGCUAGAGCUCAAGGACUUUUUUUUGCUGGAUCAGGCCUUUUAGGAGGAGAUCAAACCAUUCCCAAUACUAUGGGCCACACUACUCCCGAUGCGGCGGUGUUUGACAUGGAGUACGGGCGGUGGCUGGACGAGCACCACCGCAUGAUGGUGGAUCUCCGGAACGCAUUGCAAGAUCACGUGCCAGAGACUGAACUCAGGCUCUACGUCGACAACUGCUUGGCACACUACGACGAAGUGAUGGGACUCAAGGGCAUGAUCGCGAAAACCGACGUGUUUCAUCUGGUUUCCGGCAUGUGGAAGACUCCGGCCGAGAGGUGCUUCAUGUGGAUGGGUGGUUUCCGGCCAUCGGAACUCAUCAAGAUAAUAAUGGGUCAAAUAGAGCCAUUGACGGAGCAGCAGUUGUUGGGGAUAUGCGGACUGCAACAGUCAACGCAGGAAGCAGAGGAAGCACUGUCUCAAGGACUUGAAGCUCUGAAUCAGUCACUUUCCGACACCAUUGCUUCUGAUGCUCUCAGCGGCACCACCAACAUGGGCAACUACAUGAGUCAAAUGGCUGUCGCCAUGAACAAACUCUCCACCCUUGAAGGCUUUGUUCGACAGGCUGAUAAUCUGAGGCACCAAACAAUUCACAGGCUGCAUCAAAUCCUGACAACCCGUCAAACUGCAAGGUGCUUUCUGGCCAUAGCUGAGUACUUCCACCGCCUUCGUUCUCUCAGCUCUAUUUGGUUGAAUCGUCCAAGACAGGAGUAGUCGACUUCAGUGAUCAACAACUCAGGAAAAAAAAGAAUCCCAAUGAAAAAGAAAAAGAAAACAAAAAAGGAAAAGAAGGAGAGGAACACCUUAGCUAGCUAGCUAUAUAGUAGUGAUGAUCCAUCCGGAGCCGAGGAUCCAGAUGAUGAUCAUCGAUAUGAAAUAUUUUCAAAAUAGAUAGUAAUAGUUUCUGCUUAAUUUUGCCAUUUCCCAUAGGGAUCGAUGUAAAGGUAGACUAAAUAUGUAUGAUGGUUAGUUAUAGGGCUUAUAGCUGGUUUUCUUUAAGUUACAUCUGUAGAAGUUGAACCCUUCAUUUCCCUUUCUAUAUAUGUACUCUUUUUUCUUUUCCU